UUGUCGCUGGAAAGUUGAACAAACUUCGUUUAUCUUAAAGUAGUAUUACUGUUAUUUUGGCGUUAUAAAGUGUGAUUUAUGUACAGAUAUUAAUAUAAACAAUAAAAAAUGAAUACGCCGGCCGAGUUAAGUUUCGAAGAAAUAUUAAAAUUUAUGUUAGCACAUAAUGGCAAGGUUACAAAUCACGAUCUUGUUAAACAUUUUAAAGUGUUUCUAAUGAACCCAAAUAUGAGAGAUGAAGCUAGAAAUACAUUUAAAAAGCAUGUAAAUACUUUGGCUAUUAUCAAAACUCAAAAUAAUGAAAAAUGGUUGAUCCUGAAAAAGAAAUAUUUUCCAAGUAAUUCAAAAGAAAAUGAAAUUGAGACCAAAGCAGCUGAACCUGUGACUCAAUUGACCGAAGAAAGUGUUGAAGAAACACCUGAAAAGCCUCCAGCUAGACCUCCCCUUCCAUUGCUUAAUCAGGACUUUAAUAUGCUAGGAUCCAUUUUGCCAGCACAGGACCCUAUAGUUGAGGAGCCCGUGUACCAAAAAUCACCUGUUGGUACCCCACAAAAUACAUCACAAGAAAGUUUAAUAGAAGAUGUGCCACCAAAGGUACAUCCUCGUAGAAAAUCAGAAAAAAAUUUAAUGGAAAAAAGUACAAGAAACAUUAAUACAUCUCCCCAAAUCUCAACUAACAAAACAAUAGAAAUGAUUGAAACACCGAGUCUAACUUCUUCUCAAAGUGACAGCAUGCUUGUGGAUAGUGAGCAAAAAAUAUCAGUAAAAGAAAGAAAACAAAUGUUUAAUAGAAUGGCUUCUGAGAGUGAUGUGUUGAAAUCCAAUAAGUCCGGCAACAAUACUUCGAGUUUGGAUGAGGAAGAUAGAGCUUCGCUGGAUCACAAGGAAACUGAACCGUUGGACACAAAACAGAAGCAGUGGAUAUUAUACGCGGCCCGAGGAGACUACCACGUCCUGGCGAAGAUGUGCAAAGAAAAUUCUAAACUUGUUAAAACUAAGGACCCCUUCACGGUAGGAAUUGUAAUAUUCGACGUCUGUCAACUGAAACGUAGAAAAGUGACGAUUUUGAAAAUGUAUGGAUAUCUCACUACUAAACCGAUUUUGAUGAUACAAUCUAGACUGUUACCUGAGUUGAGAGACGUGCUUAAGUCAAACAAGAUCAUCUCGAUGCUCUCAGAAAUAACUGGUGAACAUAAAUGUUAA